AAAAAUGGUCAUUGGAUGUAUUUUAUUGGACUUUCAUGGAUCAUUCACACAUCUGAAACAGACUGGAUUCGAUUCGCGAUCGUUGUAUCAACACAAAAGGCAGUCUCAGGGACAACUCUCUACAUUGUUUACUCGCUGCUGGAUUCGCAGAGGGCGGCGAUGAGUUGGUUAAUGUUUACUCUGAGUUCAGGCCGUCAGUGGCCGAGUGCUUUUAUCAAACUGAUUCGCUGUUAUAUGUCUUCAGAGAGCUGCACAGGUUCAAUGGCCACAGACUGGCUGUCGCCAGCUGAGAGAGAACAGUUUCUCAUGGAGUUAAAAGCCACGGGCUGGGUGGAAGUAGACGAUCGAGAUGCUCUAUACAAGGAGCUACACUUCAAGACCUUUAACCAGGCGUUUGGCUUCAUGUCUCGGGUGGCUCUACAAGCAGAAAAGAUGAACCAUCAUCCAGAGUGGUUCAAUGUUUAUAACAAGGUGCAGGUCACUUUAACGACACAUGACUGUGGAGGACUGUCAAAGAAGGACAUUCGACUAGCCAAAUUUAUUGAUAAGGUGGCACUGUCCUUGUAGCCAUUUUUACAGUUGUCUUUACAGGACACAACAUUUUCAAAAGAUUAAUAAGAUUUAAAGGUUGCAACUGAUGUUAAGUAUCAUUUUUUAUUAUGAAAUAAAGUAUUUUUGCACUUGAAAUGAAAAAGUCGAUUUUUUUAUAUUUUCAUUUGGAUCCCCUCAGUUUAACUAUGUUGUGAAAUCCUUGCUUUGGAAAUUUCAAGAGCAGACAAACCAGAUAAUCAGUUAGAAACUGGGAAUUAUCCAAGUAAUACAAAGUCUUUCAGUCCCCAAUUAGGAGUUACAUAAGCCCUCAACUGUUAAGGAAAAUGUGGUGAGAAACAGCCUCCAUAUAAUUAAACAAAAACAUGAUUGGAUGGGAAAAUACAGUACAGUACAUGUGGACAUUUCAACAGAUGUCUUUAUAGAACUUUUAUCAGAUCCUUCAUAAACUAUAAGAGCAAGUAUGUUACUUAUAGUCACUGAAACAAAGCCAUUAUGCUCACAAUAAUUUGAAACAGUCCGUGGAUCUGUUAAGGAAAGGAAUAGAUUAUUAAUGGAGUCUUUUGCAAAGAAAGACCUUUUUGAUUUCACUGGAAGGAACAUAUCUUUUUUUUGUAAACAUUUUGGUUUUCUUUUAAUUCUAUUUUUUU